GUAGUGUUUUUGAUGUUUCAUGUCCCUGAUGCUUACCAGUGUACGUGGUAAGCAUGAUUUUACAGACAGUUUUUAGAAACUACCAGCCUCAUACUGUUAAAUUUGAAUGUGGUGACAGCACUUUUCUAAGUAGACAGACAUGCUUGAUGGAAACUCCCACGUUCAAGUUCACUUACCAUCAUAUCCUUUCUGCGGGGUCAAAGAUCUGACUGAGUUGGCUAGAAAAGUAAAAAGAAAGAAGAAGAAGUAGAAAAAAAAGACAAAUUCAAAAUGGUUGAUGGUAAUAUUGACAGGAAGACAGGACGGGUGUGAAAAGGAAACAAGUAAAACCACACAAUACAACAGAAAGACAGACAAAGCAGGACCAAGGCGGAAGAGAGAGACCGUGUUUGUUUUGCUCAGCAGCCAUGAGAACCAACUUUCUUCGUGCUCUCCUAAUCCUUGUCUUCCUGAAAACAGGCAAAUCAAAAAGUGAAGUAUCUAUCAGUCACAUUCGAGAUGAAGAUCACCAGAACAUUACCUGUGUCCUUACAGGGGAAGAGAAUAUGACACAAAUCAACUGGGAGAUGCAAAGAGGCCCAAAUCGCACCAAACUGGGCAUGUUCCAUCCGAAUUUUGGAAUUCACACAUCUUAUGAAAAUAAGGAGGAAGUAAAGAUCAAGGGUAAAUCACCUCCAUAUCCAUUAUCAUCCCUUCUCAUUAAACUGGCAUCAAAUGAGAGUGUGCAAAUCUGUUGUGCGUUCAUAACCUUUCCUUCGGGUAAACUGGAGCGGUGCACAAAUAUCAGUAAUAAAGAUGUCAAUCUCAACACAUCUAUGAUAAAAGAUUUUACUUAUGUGCAACCAGAACUGGGACUGGGAUUAUUUGGACAUUUAGGUGCUAUGAUCGUUGGAUCUAUUCUUUCCCUUUUUAUCUUGGCAAUCCCAUUCUAUUUAUGCAGAAAGAACAACUGUAAGAGGAGGCGGUCCUUUGUAAUACGCAUGUACCUGACGGACUUACCAGCUGAGACAUAUGCAGAAGAAUCAAAUGAUGCACCAACUCCUCAAAGUUCUCCAAAUGGUUUUGACCCCUCUAAACUAUACGCCAAGAUCAAAGAAGACCUUUUCUAUGGCCGGUUGUGGAAGUCUUACCAAGGCCAACCUAAUAAGGCAUGGACUCAAGGUACCAUGACAGAUAAUGGACAUGUUUAUUAUCUGCUUGGACAAAGUCCUUUACCGCAGAGAAAUGUGGAGGGCAGCCCCUUGAGGCCAGACACACCAACAUGAUUAUCUUUAAGUAGCAUAAACUAAUAUAUAUAUACACAGCAUAUACAGUUGAAGUCAGAAGUUUACAUACACCUUGACUUUGUUGUCUUAAGCCGUUUUACCACAACUUGUAGGUAUGCUUGGGGUCAUUGUCCGUUUGGAAGACCCAUUUGAAACUGAGCUUUAACUUCCUGGCUGAUGUCUUGAGAUGUUACUUCAAUAUAUCCACAUUAUUUUCCAUCCUCAUGAUGCCAUCUAUUUUGUGAAGUGCACCAGUCCCUCCUGCAGCAAAGCACCCCCACAACAUGAUGCUGCCACCCCCAUGCUUCACGGUUGGGAUGGUGUUCUUUGGCUUACAAGCCUCACCUUUUUCCUCCAAACAUAAAUGGUCAUUAUGGCCAAACAGUUACAUUUUUGUUUUAGUAGACCAGAGGACAUUUCUCCAAAAAGUAAGAUCUUUGUCCCCAUGUGCACUUGCAAACUGUAGUCUGGCUUUUUUAUGGCGGUUUUGGAGCAGCUGCUUCUUCCUUGCUGAGCAGCAUUUCAGGCUAUGUCGAUAUAGGACUCGUUUUACUGAGGAUUUAGAUAUUUGUCUACCUGUUUCCUCCAGCAUCUUCAUAAGGUCCUUUGCUCUUGUUCUGGGAUUGAUUUGCACUUUUCUCACCAAACUACAUUCAUCUCUAGGAGACAGAAUGCGUCUCCUUCCUGAGCAGUAUGAUGGCUGCGUGGUCCCAUGGUGUUUGUACUUGCAUGCUAUUGUUUGUACAGAUGAACGUGUCACCUUCAGGCAUUUGGAAAUUGCUCCCAAGGAUGAACCAGUCUUGUGGAGGUCCACAAUUUUUUUUUUUUUUUUUUGAUUCUCCCAUGAUGUCAAGCAAAGAUGCACUGAGUUUGAAGGCAGGCCUUAAAAUACAUCCACAGGUACACCUCCAAUUCAGUACACCUCCUAUCAGAAGCUAAUUUCUAAUUGUCUAAAGGCUUGACAUCAUUUUCUGGAAUUUUCCAAGCUGCUCAAAGGCACAGUUAACUUAGUGUAUGUAAACUUCUGACCCACUGGAAUUGUGAUAUAGUCAAUUAAAAGUUAAACAAUCUGUCUGUAAACAAUUGUUGGAAAAAUUACUCAUGUCAUGCACAAAGCAGAUGUCCUAAACGUCUUGCCAAAACUAUAGUUUGCUAAUAUUAAGUUCUAUAUUCCAGACUUUGAGUCAUUUAGGUAAACCUAGCCAUAAGUAAAUGGCUUAAAGAAGACUGUAUUUUAUAUAUAUAUAUAUAUAUAUAUAU